GUCAAAUGCAAGAAGGCCACAGCAGACAGCACCCUCUCCACGAUAACAUGGACGGGAGAAGAGUUGCUGGGAUGUCACGUGUUCGUAAGUAUAUAAUAAAAAAAGGGUCUAUACAUUUAAUAUCGAGAUUUCAGACCAUACACUCUUCAAAAUUUUUAGUGAACAAACAAACCGGUAACAAAGGACACGAUGAUGAUUUUAUGCCCAACACUGCAGGUACUAAGAAAACAACAUGUUGUUACGUCUUGAACACACACACACACACACGCUAAUCAUACCGAUGAUCUGCAUCGCUCACUUGGACAGCAGCAAGAGAUUACAAUCUGGCCAUGCUGAUCGUCAUUCUCAGUCAUUUUCAGAAGGUGAAUUCUUCUUGAAAUUUUCAUGGAUACUGAUUUCCUUGUGAGUUUGUUAUUUUUCAGAGUCAGAAUACUUUCGGAGAAGAAAAGGACUGUUUCGAAAUUCAGUGACGAGGUGGUUCCACUCCGGUGAUUCAAGCCCAACGCCUUUGCUGGCAGUCUGUGGUAAGUCUACUAAAACAAGCUAUAGCACUCUUUUAACAGCCGUUUGAAACUGGUCACCUUACUAGCAAAAUCCAUACAUUGUGUCUUCAGGAAGCAGACAGAUAUGAUUCAAGGGAAGACACGUAUAAACACAAAUAAAGGAGUUUAUGCACAACAGAUUGCAGUUGGAGUAUUUCAGUUACAAUUCUUUAGGCUAAUAACAUUGCAAAGAUUUUAAUUUAUAACCAAAAUAAUAAAUCUCGCUGCGCUACUCUCUGAAUCUUUGUGCAAAGUAUUUCAUUAUAGGUCAGGAACUUCCAGGUGCCUUUUAAGACUGUUAAGGACUGUUAAAGACAAUGAUGAUGACCUCAAAGCUGAUAUACUGAAUGAAUUAACCUCUCUGAGUACAAAGGUAAGUUCGAGAUAAGAGAAAAGAUUGUUUUUCCAAGGAAAGGCGAACGAGUUCAUCCAAAAGGUGAACUAAAAAAGACCUAAAACAAUAACCGUCAAUUACUGGAUGCAAGUAGGUUUCUGUAGGAUUUAACCUCAUCCCUUAGAAAACAGUACAUAACGUUCGACUCAGUACAACGGCUUGCAUGGAUCAUAAAACAAGUGCGCUACAAGUGAAAAAGAAAUUACAUAGGUUAGCCAGUUUGUCUAGACACUAAAAACACAUUUCCAAGUGCAUAUUAACAAGAGAAAAUCCGUGGCUUUAGAGAAGGUGUCUGAGAGAUGCAUUCAAAAGACAACCUUUUUUGUUGUGGAAUUGAAGGCUAAAAUCUCUUGUUCUUCGGAAGUAUCAUAUUUAGACAGGGAAUACUGGACGCCAUAGCAGGCAGGCAAGUUUAUGGUAAUCUUUUAAGGGAUCGAAAUUAAGGACGUGUCAAGCAGAGGUAUGUCAGUGUGAUCUAAUAUUGAAAACGAUAAGCGACUCCACACGGAAAUUGAAUGGAAAGGUCUGAUGAAAAUCAAGUGUUCAAUGGCAUUCAAGAGCCCGGCCUUAGCUUAACAGGCGCGCGACGAACAACAAUGGCAAACUUAGAAGACGACAAAAGGUGAACUUAAAGUAUUUGAACAAUUUAAACUGGCAUUGGUUACUUGGUUAAGUGAAAAAUUGUUAGAUAAUCCUCCAAAGUAGGGGAGGGUGGGGGGAAGCAAACCUCCCGGCUUUCAAUUAUAGUCUUUUUUUCAUACUUUUCCAAAAUGUUUGCCGCAGAUUCCUCGUUAUAAAUUAACUGCCUAUUUUCUCAGAAACAUUUUGAAGUAAAAUUUUGACCAUUGGUUGCUCUUAAUACGGUAUAAGCUGAAGAGGGAGUUUUCGUGAAAAAUCUUCUCUCUCUCUUUCUCUUUUUUAAUUUACCUGGCUGUUGACGAACGCUACCAAAAGCAGCAAAAUUUUUAUUUUUUUUCACUUUUAAAAAAGCUUACAGCUGUUUAGUAAUUUCGAUUUCUCAAAGCAUUCAAAUAAUUAGAACAAAGAAAGAACAAGUUGAAGUUGAUUCCGCCAUUCAUAGAAAGAGAAGCUGCGGCGUGAAUUUUUUCGACGACAGUUCAAGUAAGCCUUUCGUCAAAAGGAUAAGAAAUAGAAGUUGAAAGCCUCGGCAAGUUACCAAAAUCUCUUUUUCUUUUUUAUUUCUAAUUUUUGCACAAUUAGCUCAGAGCAUUCUACGCCGCUGCACGAAUUUUAAAGAAACAAUGAGGAAAAAAAUAUAAUUCGCCCUAAAAUGUGCCCAAAAUUAUACUUGUCUGUCGCUGAUUACUCUUCAUGAGGUCAUGACUGUUUAAAACCAUCUCUUGACUUGAGGAGACGCAGUUUUACCUGUUCAUUUUAAACGCAGAAUUUUCAAUGAUAUCUCAGUAUGAGCGUCAAGGGCUGCGGAGAGGGGCAGUGGUGGAUGGGCGUAGGCCUGCCCCGCGCACCUCACCCCUCCUACAAAAAAAGAAAAAUCUUUUCCUAUUUUCUUAAGCGUCAAGGGUUGCGGGGAGGGGUAGUGGUGGAUGGGCGUAUGCCUGCCCCGCGCCCCUCGCCCGCCCCUUCUACAACAAAUGGUUUCCCAUCUCGUUUAUUUUCUCAUCAGUUUUUCCAAAAGCGUGUCGUUGCAAAUACAGUUGAAGAGUAGAAUGCAGAAUUUUCCUUGCUAUAUACUAAGGAACAUGCGUUAAUAUAAGGAAGGUACAUGCAAUAAUUACUGGUCAUGAACAUACAUAUAUCUUAGCUUAAUAAACAAGGAGUUUUCUGUACUUCACUCAUUCAACUGGCUUUAUCGCGUAGGCGGCAAAAUCGUGAAACAGCGUGUCCUUUGGUCGUUCAUGUACGUAUGCAAUUCACUAUAUGUUAUCCGUUCAUCAAGAGCCAUCACGACUCUUGGUUCAUAUAAUCAAAAUCCCCACCUUUAUUCCCAUUAGGUUCCUACAGCACAGAUUCAGUAUAUUUUUGGGUGGCUUGAAAAUCGUCAAAAAUUUAGGCCGAAAAAUUCGAUGCCAGGAGGUGAUAAUAAUAUUUUGGAGUAGCUUUUUCAUGAACUGAGCUAAUUGUGCAUGAUUUACUAUUAUCAGUUUGGUCCUGAAAUGCUAAUAACAGCCAUAAGCAGCCGGUAGACUAGUUUUUUUUGCGAAGCCGAAAGCUUAGAAAAAAGGCGCAGUUUCCUAGCAGGAGUAGAUUAUACGAGAAUAUUAGGGGGUCGAGUGAAAAUCCAACCCCCUCCCCCUGAGAUUUUCACAGUUUAAUUAUUUUUUGGAUAGCGCAAGUUGCUAGAGGAUUAUCUAAAUAGCAUGGAAUGUAGGUAGGCGGUAUCAACGCUAGUAAGCCUGUGAACAGGUCCUGCCGCCAUUCUAGAUUUUCACUGAAAAUGCAGAUUUUUUAAAAAAAAUGAUAAGCCAGUAUUUUGCUGCUUUUUGAAGCGCUUUGUACGUUUGGAGGAUUCACCCAGGGCCCUCGUUGCUUGAAGUGAUUUGCACCAGGAAAGAAACAUCGACAUUGUUCAAAAAUCUACGUUGAAAAACUUAAGCAGUUUACCAAGAACUUCCUGUAAAAUCAGACGAAUAAAAAAAUUUUACAACAGGUUUCCUAACGAGCUAAAUGCAAAGAAAAUAAUGAUGCUUAUUCCCAGGCUUCUGCGGGAUUUAAAGACGUCGAAGAAGGCAAUAGCAAACUGCGUAGAAUUAAAUCAGCGCGCAGCUCUUGAUUCAACUCUCCAUACUGAACCAAAUCAGCUUUAACCGCGCCAGAUCAGACAAUCUAUGAGGAAUUCUUAAUAGGACUUCAAAAGGGCUUCCGUUAAGGCCUUUGCACGUGUUAUUAAUUUUCCUUCUCAGAGUUAUUUCCAUUUAGGUCCCAGAGAUCUGAAGACAGUCGUCGCAGCCAUCAUUACCUGUCUGGCAAAAUCGUCUCGCGAUACAUCAAUCUCGCUCCAGAGGUAUGUACUGCAUAAAACCAAAAACCAAUGUCUUUCUAGUUGUUAACUAUAUUGAUUGACUCAAAACUUUAAAAAAUGAAUAAUGAAACCUGAAUCCUCAGUGAUGUCAUUUGAAUUAUACUAAGGAAUGCUACAAAAAAUAUAAUACCAAGAAAAAAAUAACGAACUCUGACUCUUCCAUGAUUACAAUCCAUGGACUGCAAGAAGGACGAUCGUUUACUUUAUCGUUAGGAGGACACACCUGCUUGCAUUAUAUAGAGACUCGUUAUUUCUCAGGACUAAAGUUGUUCCUACCCUAUACCAUCCCUAAUCAUUUAUAUACUUAAUCGCCUUUUGAGUCAGUUUUUUUGUUUGUGUUCAAUUGCUUGUUUGUUCCUUAUUUUAUUUUUAAAGCUUUUAAUUUUAUACCAACCUGGAAGUUGAUAUUUUCAGGUUUCUUUUUGCGUCGCAAAAUUAAGACUACCACGAGGUAACCCUUCAGUUUGUGAUAUUAAUAAUAAAAGUAAUGUCUUUCUCCUUUUUUUGUUUUCAGAUCACGAAGCUCGGCAUUUCGUUUCAGCCACGUCGGAAGGUCCAGCUACUUGCGACAGCGAUCUCGACUUGAAUGA